AUGACCCGUUGGUUCUGGCCCAAGGAGGGCGGACAGGGAGGGCGGAUCGCGUCUGCCACCUCUCCCAGCCCCAGGCUCUCGGGGGCGGGGCCUGGCCCUCGGGGAGGGGCGCUCUGGGCCCACGCUGCGCUGGCUGAUGGCAGCUUGUGUUUCUUGCAGAGCUUGUGCCUGUCACUGGGGGUCCCCGGGCUGGGCAGGCCCCGCACCCUGUACCCCUGGCGCCGAGCCCCCACACUGGGCCGCGUGCGCAGAGCCUGGGUCAUCCCUCCCAUCAGCGUGUCCGAGAACCACAAGCGCCUGCCCUUCCCCCUGGUGCAGAUCAAGUCGGACAAGCAGCAGCCGGGCAGUGUCAUCUACAGCAUCCAGGGGCCUGGCGUGGACGAGGAGCCCCGGGGCGUCUUCUCCAUAGACAAGUUCACAGGGAAGGUGUCCCUGAACGCCGUGCUGGACCGGGAGAAGACAGACCGCUUCCGGCUCAGGGCCUUUGCUCUGGACCUUGGAGGGUCCACCCUGGAGGAGCCCACAGACCUGGAGAUUGUGGUUGUGGACCAGAACGACAACAGACCGGUCUUCCGGCAGGAGGUGUUCACUGGCCGCGUGCUGGAGGGCGCUGCACCAGGCACCUACGUGACCAGAGCUGAGGCCACGGAUGCGGAUGACCCGGAGACCGACAACGCAGCCCUGCGGUUCUCCAUCCUGGAGCAGGGCGGCCCCCAGCUCUUCAGCAUUGACCCCUACACGGGGGAGAUCCGCACCGUGCAAGUGGGCCUGGACCGCGAGGUGGUCGCCGUGUACAAUCUGACCCUGCAGGUGGCAGACAUGUCUGGAGAGGGCCUCACCGCCACCGCCUCAGCCCUCAUCACACUCGAGGACGUCAAUGACAAUGCGCCGGAGUUCACGAGGGACGAGUUCUUUGUGGAGGCCACCGAGGCCGUCAGCGCAGUGGACGUGGGGCGGCUCGCAGUGGAGGACCGGGACCUGCCAGGCUCCCCGAAUUGGGUGGCCAGGUUCACCAUCCUGGAGGGCGACCCCGACAGGCAGUUCACCAUCCACACAGACCCCAAGACCAACGAGGGCGUGCUGUCUGUGGUGAAGCCCCUGGACUACGAGCGUCGUGAGCGGUAUGACCUCAGAGUGGCGGUGCAGAAUGAGGCGCCCCUGCAGGCCACUGCCCCCUGGGCCGAGCGGGGCCAGGCCAGGGUCAGCGUGCAGGUACGGGACGUCAACGAGGCGCCCGUGUUCCAGGAAAACCCGCUGCGGACCAGCCUGGCUGAGGGUGCAGCGCCAGGAACCCCUGUGGCCACCUUCUCUGCCCGAGACCCUGACACACAGCAGCUGCAGAGGCUCAGCUACUCCAAGGACUACGACCCUGAGGACUGGCUGCAAGUGGACGGGGCCACCGGCCAGGUCCAGACCCAGCGUGUGCUCAGCCCCGCUUCGCCCUUCCUCAAGGACGGCUGGUACAGGGCCAUCAUCCUGGCCCAAGACGAUGCCUCCCCACCCAGCACGGCCACUGGCACCCUGUCCAUUGAGAUCCUGGAGGUCAAUGACCACGCCCCUGAGCUGUCCCCACCGUGGGGCAGCCUGUGCAGCGCACCUGACCAGGGCUCUGGUCUUCUCCUGGGGGCCAUGGAUGAGGACCUGCCCCCCCACGGGGCCCCCUUCCACUUCCAGCUGAGCCCCAGGAUCCCAGAGCUGGCUCAGAACUGGAGCCUCAGCCAGGUUAAUGUUAGCCACGCACGCCUGCGGCUGCGGCACCAGGUCCAAGAGGGGUUGCACCGCCUCAGCCUGCUGCUCCGAGACUCAGGACAGCCGCCCCAGCAGCGCGAGCAGCCCCUGAACGUGACCGUGUGCCGCUGCGGUCCAGACGGCGCCUGCCUACCAGGGUCCGCUGCGCUGCGGGCAGGCGGUGCGGGCCUCAGCCUGGGCGCCCUGGUCAUCAUGCUGGCCAGCGUCAUCCUGCUGCUCUUGCUCGCCCUGCUGGUGGCCCUCCUGACACGGUUCCGGCAGCAGUCGUGGGACAAGGGGCUCCUGCACGGGCUGCAGGACGACCUCCGGGACAACAUCCUCAACUAUGAUGAGCAGGGGGGCGGAGAGGACCAGGACGCCUAUGACAUGGACCAGCUACGCCACCCGGCAGAGCUGGUGGCCCUGAGCACCCCCCUGGGACGGCCACCACUGCGCAGAGAUGCCCCAUUUGGCAGAGCGCACCCCCAGGCCGCCCGCACGCUGCCCACCAGCCCCUCCGACAUCGCUGACUUCAUCAACGAGGGCCUGGAGGCUGCAGACAGUGACCCCAGUGUCCCACCCUACGACACGGCUCUCAUCUUCGACUACGAGGGCGACGGCUCCGAGGCGGGGACGCUGAGCUCCAUCCUCUCCAGCCUGGGCGACGGUGAUCAGGACUACAGCUGCCUCUGGGACUGGGGCCCGCGCUUCGCCCGGCUGGCUGAUUUGUAUGGGCCCCCGUGAGGGCAGACGGGGGAGGGGCUUUCUGGUGGGGCCCUGGACACAGGAGGCAGACCACAGGACCCAACUCGACACCCCUCACUUGGCUGUAUGGCUGAGAGGCCCAGCUGACCCCCCCGGAGGUGGACAGAGGGCACUGGGCCCCACCCAGGGGCUUGGUCAGCCUGGCUCCCGCAGGGGAGGUCAGAACCCAGAGCCCAGAGUGGAGCGGCCAGAAGGCAGUGCCCCUCUGCCCAGUCCAUGGCCCCCAGGGGUAUCAGAGGCCCCAUCCCCAGCUCGGCCUCCCGCCCACGUGGACCUCAUCUCUGCAGGGAAGGAAGCCGCCCUCCGGCAAAUGUGAAUUAAAGACAUGCUAGUCUCUCCA